UAAAACAUUUUAAUACAUUUUGAAACAUCAACUUUCAUUUCAAAAAGUGAAAGUAUUCUUGCAUUAAUGAUCAUCGUUCAUUUGUAUUUAACAUGAAUAGUAAAAGCGUUUCGAGAUAAUUUUAUAUGUAAUAAAAACAAUUGAAUAAUCGAAAUCUUCAAAUUUAUUCAUCAAUAAUUCUAAAUACUACUAGUAUAUUAAUAUUUUAAAGUAUUAUUGUUCCAUAUGGAUACCAAAAAUUCAAGAAAUAUUAGCUAUGUUGUUUUUAUAUCUCUUUUGUUUGACUUACUGGCAUUUACAAUGAUAUUACCAUUGUUUCCCUCAUUAAUGGAUUAUUAUAAAAACAAUGAUUCUGAAGGAUUAUAUCAAUGGAUCGAAAGACAUGUUGGUGUUUUUCAAAAUCUUGUAGGAAUUCCAGAUAGAUUUAAUGGCGUGCUAUUUGGUGGUGUUCUUGGAUCACUUUUUUCAUUUUUGCAAUUUGCCUCUUCUCCUAUUUUGGGAGGAAUUAGUGAUGUGUAUGGUCGUAAGCCAGUUUUAAUAUUAUGUUUGAUUGGGAUACUAUUUUCUUAUAUUAUUUGGUCAAGAGCGACAACUUUCUCAUUAUUCAUAUGGGCUAGAGUUAUUGGUGGACUAAGCAAAGGUAAUGUCAGUUUAUCUAUGGCUAUCGUAACAGAUGUGUAUUCAAAGGAAAAACGUGGAAGAGGAAUGGCAAUGAUAGGCAUAGCAUUUUCAAUUGGUUUUGUAUUAGGACCUAUGAUUGGAGCUGCAUAUGCUAAAUGGUCACAUUCCCAAGAAGGAGCAUGGUUUGUUCAGCCUGCUUUAUUAGCUGUUGCAUUAACUGUCAUCAACAUUAUUUUCGUGAUAUUUACUUUUAAAGAAACUCUACCUAAGAAUAAUCGAGCUGGUUCAGUUGUUAGUAAAUUAUCUGAAGCUUUUACUUACAUCAAUAUAGUAGAUCUUUUCAAAUUCAAACUUCUUAAUGGACUUAUUCCAUCACAUGAAAUCGAGAAAUUAUGUACAUUAGGAAAUAUUUAUUUUAUUUAUUUAUUCCUUUAUUCUGGUUUGGAAUUUACGUUGACUUUUUUAACACAUAACAAAUUUGGAUAUUCUUCUAUGCAACAAGGUUGGAUGUUUUUUGGUAUAGGAAUUACAAUGGCACUUUUACAAGGAGGAUGGGUUAGAAAAAUUCCUCCAUCUCAAACAGCUAAAACUGCAACUAUGGGUCUACUACUAAUUGUGCCAUCUUUUCUAUGUAUUGGAAUAUCAAACUCUUCAUCUUUAUUUAUUUUUGGACUAAUUCUUUUUGCAUUUUCAACUUCUAUUGUUGUUCCAUGUAUGACAACUUUAGCAUCUCACUAUGGAUCUGAUGCUCAUAAAGGAAAAGCUAUGGGAACAUUUCGUUCUUUAGGAGCUUUAGCUCGUGCCAUAGGUCCUGUUAUUGCUUCAUUAUCAUAUUGGUCUAUUGGUCCAGAAAUUACUUAUUGCGUUGGCGGAAUUUUGCUACUUCACCCUUGGUUUACAUUAAGAAAAACAUUAAAAACUAAACCUUCUUAAAGUAAUUUACUAGACGUUUAAAAAAAGAAGUGUUAAUGUCUUUCAUUUUCUUUUUAAUAAUUUUAAUAAAAAAUUUAGUUUGAUUUAUUA